UGCACGCUACGCGCGGGUGCGCUCUGCUACGAAAUUCAAGAGUGCGCAAGGCAGAAUGAAUCACAACAACAGUUACAGAAAUUUCUCGCUUUUAUAUCGUUCACUUGCCAUGAAUUUCUAAGCAUGACAAAGAGAAGAAAUUCCAACAAGCUUUUCAAGAAGACAAUACCGUAGUAAGUACAUUCAUGACUGAAACACUUGAAAAUUUACCAUGCAUAAUCGGAGGCGCAUGAACCAUGCAACAACAUCGACAGCACGAGGAGGCCGAUUUGAAGAACAGUUUACCAAAACUUCUACAGUACAGACCAUUGAAGGAAUAACGAUGCGUGUGAGACGACGAACCAGGAAUGUACCCGUAGUACUUCUUGCCAUGGUGCUUACCUCGUUUUUCCACGCCGGCCAUAGCGUGUGGUCGGUGAACAUACCCCACCAAGCAUACAUCAUCAGUGUUCAGCCGGGCUUGUGUAUGAACCUUGGUGGAUUGACCAGAGAACAGAUAGACCUCUGCCAGAAAAACAUAGACCACAUGGCGAGCGUCGGCCUGGGCGCAAAGAUGGCUAUUCAAGAGUGUCAAUUUCAGUAUCAGUACGAGAAAUGGAACUGUUCCAUCCCAGACGCAGAGAAGAGUUCCCUUUUUGAGCGAAUCACGUCAAAGGAUGUUGCAACGCGCGAGGCAGCGCUGACAUACGCGAUCUCCUCAGCCGGGGUAGUAUGGGCUCUCGCUCGGGCCUGCACCGAGGGGAACCUUAGCACUUGUAGCUGUAGCAGGGAGCGUCGCCCUUUAGACCUUAACAAAGAGUACCAAUGGGGAGGAUGUGGCGACAAUAUCGAGUACGCCGUGAAGUUUGGUAGGGAGUUCAUGGAGGCCGGGGAGGAUCAUAGACCGACAGAGGAGGACAGAAAGAAGUACGCUCGGACUCUUAUGAACUUGCACAACAACAACCUUGGACGAAGGGUUGUGAAGGACAUUUCCGUGGUGGAAUGCAAGUGCCAUGGCGUGUGCGGGUCUUGUAAUUUGAAGACCUGUUGGCGGCAACUAGUGGAGUUCCGUGAGAUCGGUAACGCCCUACACGACAAGUACGACGCCGCCGUUCAGGUCGCUCUCAAGAGAAAGGAAGGUCGCUCUCUCUUGCUACCAAUGCGUUCUCGGCAUUACUCGCAACGCAAGGCUAAGAGCGCGCAGGAAACAAGAGACGAGCUGGUGUAUAUCGACAAAUCUCCCGAUUUCUGCAGCAAGAACGCGGCACACGGCGCGCAAGGCACGCGUGGUAGGAAAUGUAUUAAGGAGUCGCUUGGCAAGGACGGGUGUAAUUUGUUAUGCUGCAGUCGCGGCUACAAAAUGAAAAAAGAAGUACAGGCGACAAGGUGCCGAUGCAAGUUUCACUGGUGUUGCAAAGUCAAGUGCAAAACAUGCAUCAAGAAUGUCACCACGCAUAUCUGUAAUUAGUGACAUUGUCCCAGUCUGAUAAAAGGGACUUGAAAUAGUAUUUAUUCUUGUGUCGGUAUUUCAGUGUUUCGUUAGGCAGUGGUAGCCCUUAGUCAAAGUGGUUGGUCGGUCCAUCCUAAUGCAAUAUGAAUUGCUUCGUUUGCUUUUGCCUUUAGAGUGGUUUUCAAAAACCUGUGAAAUACUAUUUAGUUUAUUUAGUAUUAAUACACUGUAAUGUUCUUGUUCUCUUUUGUUCUGGCUUGACUAUUACACUUUAACAAUUACAUUUUGUUGCACGGGAUUUUGAAAACCACUCUAUCACGUUCAUAACGACUAAGUGCUUGUUGGUACAUACCAACCCAUCAAGCUUAAGCUUAAGACAACACUAUGUCUAUAUACUACCGCCUACACGUUUCAAGACCCACUGCCAUGUUAGGGUUCCAUGUGAAUGUAUCAAUGUACAGUGUGUGUAUAUGAUUCCACUUUUUCUAAAAACAUCUCUUAUUACUACGUAUGUGAUGUAAAAUACUAAAUUCUCUAGUGACCCAGGCAGCGUAGAGAUUAAGUAUUGGAUGAAUUCUCAGAUCAUAUGUAACCACAGCUUUCAGUCAGGCCUGUACAAUAACCCCCUCCCCUACUGUACAAAAUAUAAGUCGGGUCGAUCUUUUUCUUUAAUAAAAGUAGUUCUUAGA